AUGGCGAGAGAGUUCAUAGUUCAUGAUGGUAGUGUCCAUUCAGAAGCAGGCUUCCUGCUUGAUUCCUCCGAGGCUUUUCUGUUGUUAUGCAUGAUAGUUGUUUCCUUGUCAAUUAUUUCCAUGGUCAUAUUCGCUUGUGGUGAUAGUGGUUCAGGCGGAGGUGGAGGCCGCCGCAGACAGGGGGGCUUUUCUGGAGCUGGAGCUGGAGCUGGUGGAGGUAGUGGUUGUGGUGGUGGAGGUGGAGGAGCGAGGGCUCAAAGGCGCUACAAGAAGAAAACGAAUGCUCAAAGGCACUCGAGGAGGGAAGCGAGUGCUCAAAGGCGCUGCAAGAAGAAAGCGAGUGCUCAAAGGCACUCGAAGACGAAAGCGAGUGCUCAAAGGCGCUGCAAGAAGAAAGCGAGUGCUCAAAGGCACUCGAGGAGGGAAGCGAGGGCUCAAAAGCGCUUCAAGAAGGAAGUGAAGGCUCAAAGGCGCUCGAAGAGGAAAACAAGGGCUCAAAGGCGCUUGAAGAGAAGUGAGGGCUUAAAGGCAUUCAAAGAGGAAAACGAGUGCUCAAAGGUGCUCAAAGAGGAAAGCGAGUGCUCAAAUGCACUCGAGGAGGGAAGCGAGGGCUCAAAGGCGCUCCAAGAAGAAAGCGAGUGCUCAAAGGCACUCGAAGAGGAAAACAAGUGCUCAAAGGCGCUCGAAGAGAAAAGUGAGGCGCACUCGAAAGGAUAA